AGUUAAAAUUUCAUAGAGUGGCUGAGAUACUAGUUACAGCGCUCCUAGCGGCAACCAACGCUACCUCGGCCGCCAUGUUCUCCUUAGUCAAAACAUUAGGAAAGCGUUACUGUUGUUUGUGUUGGAAGUGUGUCAGCUGUUGUGAUAUUACUGCAAUAUUUAACUUUUCUAGUUGACUUUUUUGUUACAAAAUAUAAAGUCAACAUGCCUGCAGUGUGUUCAGCGUUCAACUGCACAAAUCGCAGCGAUAAGACAACAAAUAUUUCAUAUUAUAAAUUUCCUUUAAAAGAUAAGGAAAUUACAAAAAGAUGGGUUAUAAAUAUGAAGCGAGAAAACUGGUUUCCUACUACAGCCAGUUACCUCUGUUCAGCUCAUUUUGAAGAGAAAUAUAUGUACCACACAAAUGUCCAGAGGCGCCUUUUGUCAAAACCAGUACCUGCUAUCUUUACUAUCUUUAACUUUCCAUCACAUUUACAAAAGCAAGAUAAAGUAUUACGACCACAACCCAGAAAGCGAUCUUUCGACAAUUUGCAAGAUAGUGCUAUUACAGUGACAUCAUUAGCACAAAUGCCUGUCGGACCCACAUCUGUUUCUGCUGACCACAAUUACUGUCUACCAAGCCCUAAGAAGUUGAAAACACAAUAUAACAGAGUACAAGCAGAGAAUGUGCGACUAAAGAAGCGGAUAAAGCAAAUGAAGCAAUUUAGUGUACGACACAAAAGAAGAAUAGUGCAGUUACAGACUUUAGUUGCUGGUUUGAGAAGAAGGCUAUGUAGUUCAGUUUCUGAUAUGUUAAACAGUGAACAUGUAGUUGGUUUGUUGUAGGAGCUAUUGGAACUUCAGUGCAGUGCUAAAGUAUGCCAUUAUUCUCAGCAAAUAAGGAAAUUUGCCCUGACCCUACACUUUUAUUCUGCCAAGGCAUACAGCUACUUACGAAAAUUUGUGAAAUUACCCCACCCAAGAACGCUUCGACUUUGUUAUUGAAUUACUAUGCUUGUGUUAACUACUUGUAACACAUAUUUCAAAUAAAUUCUCGUUCACAGUG